AUGGACAAAAUGAAUUCUGUUCGGAAGUUUGUCGCCAUCGAGGUCCCAUUUACACAAUGGGAAGUCUGGCCCAAUGAACAAAAGAACCAAACCUUAGAGUUCUUCAAGGCCCGCCACCCCGACAAACGUCUACAGUGGGUGUUGAGCUUCCUUGGCGGCAAUGAGGUUAUCGUUGUCGAUAUAAUUGAGGUGAUGAUAAACACAGGCCUCGUAAUUGAGGGUUGUGUUUAUGGUAGCGGCAAGCCGAUCUUGGGAUUGUUCCACGGCGAGCAUACCCCAUAUUCAAGCGAGAUAGCACGAAAGUCGGGCGCGACACUAUCCAUAGAAAAGGCUCGCCAAUACAGAAGUCGGUCGCCGGCGCGAGGUGAGCCCAUUGUCACGAGACAUCGUGACUCUAGAAGCCGCUCCCCAGCAGCUACUGUUCAUGAGCGCCGACCCACAGUUACUCCCCGGCCAACGGUUGCUCCCCAGCAGACAGUUGCCCCCCGAGCCUUAGGCCCCCCGUACGGAUAUAACCCUGACAAUAAACGUACUCACACCGAGGGAGAUACGACAAUCGCCAAAGCAAACCUUGCCACCACUCGUCUUCCAGGCUAUCUGGACAUAGAUGAGAUCACACGGGAGUACCACUCCUUCGUUCGCCAGUACCAACUACCUGUGAUCCAUCCAGUGCCUGAAGGCACUGCGAAAGGAUUGGAAAGAUACAACGUUCCAGACCUUUAUAUGCAAAUCAUUGUAGCGCCGGAAGAAGCCUCGGCUAACAGGAUCCGCACUGGGCGCCGAUCCGGAGCAGUGAAGAAGACUCGCAAGACUGCUCUAAAAACACCACCAGCAGACACGAUGGCUCCGUCAGGCUCUGCUGCUAUUCCUCAGUCAGCCUUUGCGACAACUCCUCAAAUGGGUUCUGCCACAGUGUCUCAGUCGGGUUCUGCGACAAUUUCUCCGUCUGGUUCCGCUACGAUAUCACAAUCAGGUUCCACUGCGGGCAUGUCAAUGUCAAGUUCUGCGAUUCCUACACCAAGCCACACGACGGCGUCUCCGUCAGGUCCUGCGAUGAUGUCUCAGCCAGCAUCUACUAUAAAUCCUUCGUCAAGUUUGGCUUCGGUGUCUCGACAAAGCUUAGCUCCGGGUAUACCAGAAUUUAGUUCCGCUACGAUUCCUUCUUCAAGCUUUGCUGAAUCAGGCUUUGCUACGAUGCCUCAAAUAGGAUACUCCACAAAUACUCCAUAUUCAGGUUCAGCUUCGAUUGCUCAGCUAAAUUACAAUACUGGUAUACCUGAGACAAGCCUCGCACCGAUGCCUCAAUCAAACUUUGCUGCGGGCACAUCAGACUUGACACCCACGCAAGAUCUCGCACCGAUCCCUCGAUCAAACUUUGCUGUGGGUUCAUCAGACUUGAUACCCACGCAAGAUCUCGCUCUCGCCACCUGGAACCCGGCACCUCAGGGCCAUGAGCCUGUCGAUGAUCUCCAGCUGCUACUCAGUCAGGCUGAUAGUUUUGAGGUCGCAGAUCUUCAAGGUCCCGCUGGUGUAGGAUUCUCAGAUGGCCAAGAAUUCACAGAAGAGGAGCUUGACCAGCUACUGAUGGACCUUGCUUAAUGGACAUUGCGGGUCAACAACUUACACCAGCGAGGUAUGAACGGAGAAAGUGAUUGAGAACUUCUACGUACACAAACAAGAAAAGCCGACUAUAUAUAUGCUACCACCCUAUCAAGAGA